CACUCCCUCUUUUCUCACUGUGAGAGGAGCUAGUUUCUCUGACAGGGAAACUGCUUUUCUGCUCUGACACAAGUGGUUCCAGGUGGGCCCUUUCGUAUGUCUGCGGCAGUGAGUUUCAGACUCAUUGGCUCUCAUUUGUGUUAACAAGGAUAUUUUCCAUCUGGAUCCUUUAAAGUGACAGCAAAGCAAAGUGACAGGCAGGUAAGAAGCAAAGAGGCGUUUCCAAGUAACACAUUGUAACCAAUGAUUCCACCGUGCCUCUGCCUCUGUAGAGGGGGGUGUAUUUCAAACCAGCCUGUCUGCCCUGCCGCUCCCUCCUUCUCGCUCUCCCUUCCUCUUACAGUCCCUCUCUUGUCACUAUGAGAGGAGCUAGUUUCUCUGACAGGGAAACUGCUUUUCUGCUCUGACACAAGUGGUUCCAGGUGGGCCCUUUCGUAUGUCUGCGGCAGUGAGUCUCAGACUCAUUGGCUCUCAUUUGUGUUUACAAGGAUAUUUUCCAUCUGGAUCCUUUAACCUUUAAAGUGACAGCAAGUGCUUUUGAUCUACACCAACCCAGAGGCUGAAAUGUGAGAUCUAAGAGAGACCAAGACACUAAUCGUGAUUCAGAGCUCCUAAUUGCUUUACGAUUGCUACUGAUUGGAAUCAGGACGGGAGUCAACAGCAACCAUACUUGUGACUUUGUGAAUGAAUGAGAAUGGUAAAGGUACUUGCUCAAGCUUUUUUGAGGUUGUUGUGGAUUCUCCCCUUGGCAAAGUGUAAGAUCCCAGAUGCCCAUUUGACAUGCCUGUUCUCAGAAGACUGUGUGCUACCCUGCAGCUUCAAACCUAGCGGAAAUGAGAUCAUCAGCUGGUACCGCCAGGAGGUACUCCUCCUCAGCCACUCCCAUCAGGGUGGAGACCAGUCGGACCAGCCUCCCAAGGACCACCGUACCAGGAUGUACCUGCUUCAGGACCAGCUAUCCCAGGGCAACGCCUCGCUCCACCUCAGCCAGUGUGGCAUCAAGGACCGAGGCCGCUACAGGUGUCUGGUUAACAGCACUCUGGGACAACAGGAGUCCUUUAUCAUCAUGAAAGUGGAGGCUCCCAUCAAGAUGGUUACUAUGGAGAUAAGUAAGAACACAGAGAUUCAGUGCCUGUCUAAGGAUAUCUUCCCUGCUCCCCGUGUGCAAUGGUCCACUCUGCCACCUAAAGCCAACCUGAGAUCCACCACACAUAUGGCACCCAACACUGAGGGCCUCUACUCUGUUCAGAGCAAACUGAGAAUGUUUGGAAAUACCCCCACUUACGUCUGCACCGUUAAUUCCACAUAUGGAUCACAGUCAUGGAAGAGCUCACUACAAAAAGGAGAGUUGAUUGGAGAGGCAGGGCGAGAGCUGUCCAUCCCUUGCAUGGCGCCACAGAACUUCCAGAACUUUUUCCUCACCUGGACCUUCACUAGAACCAAUGAUAAAUCCAAGGUCAUCCUCAGCUAUGUCAGCCAAACCAGACAGACCUCCAACUUCUGGGAAGGCCGGGUUGAACUGGAGCAAGACCGAGUUCUGAUGGGAGAUGGAUCCCUCCUUCUUCACAACCCAGAGAGUCAGGAACACACAGGAACCUACACCUGUACAUUCUCAGGCUUCCAGAGCAGACACAUGGUCCAAACCCAGGUCGCCAUCAGGUCAACAUCACGGCGGUCGUUGACAGACAAUAUGCCAAAUGCUGAAGACCAGGUUGGGCGUACAGGGGAAAGUCACUCCAAGAUGUGGGUUCUUGCUGUAGUAGUUGCAGUGGUUGCACUAGUAACAACAGCUCUACUACUGUAUAGAAAACAAAGAGCCAACCAAGGGAAGGCCGUUAGGACCACUCUGGAGGACACAGAGAUGCAGCCAAUGGAAACUAUUAAAACAUCUGAUGAUUUGCCAAUGGAUAACUGCCAGCUGACAGCAGGACACAACAACGGCCAUACAUAGCUCUGACUGACAAGACGUACUAGAUGACAGUCAUACUGUUCCUAAUCACAGACCUGACAUCAUCAGUCAACCAUGCAUUUGUAGCUUGACUGAUUGUUAGAAAAUAUGCCCAUGGACAACAACCCACAUGUUUUGCUCAAGGGGGGAAAUGAUAUCAUUGGAGAGUACUGCUCUACAGUGGAGUACAUCUGUGUUCUAAACAAUAAAAUAACUGUACAGUCUUCAUAAUUUACAUUAAAGUUUUGAAUGACGUGUUCAUUGUAGCAGUCAUCUGUGAGUGUCUGAACAGUUGUCAACUCUGAGAUACCUUACCCUUCUAAGGUAUCUAGCUAGCUACAGCAGGCUACCGAGACAGAAAUAGACAUUGCCAUGCUGUUCGUAAUGGACCGUAACAUUUUCAUCCCGAAUUUGAGCUUUCGUUUUAACAACAUGACCAAACAACUUUGGAAUUCUAUAUCGGACAAAAUGCGUGUUGCAGGCAUAUUUUGAUAUUUAAGAUUGUGAAAAUGUUGUACAGUUAUUCCCUCUUAGAAAAAACGGUUCCAAAAGGGUUCUUCAGCUGUCCCCAUAAGAGAACACUUUUUGGUUCCUGGUAGAACCCUAUUUUUGGGUUCCAUGUAGAACCCUCUGUGGAAAUUGUUCUACAUGGAACCAAAAGGGUUCUAACCUGGAACCAAAAGGGUUCUACCUGGAGGCAAAAAUAGUUAUUCAAAGGGUUCUUCUCUGGGAACAGCCGAAGAACCCCUUUAGGUUCUAGAUAGCACCUUUUUUUCUAAGAGUGUACACCUAGAUGUGUGAGUAGACUUGUAAGGGAAACAAAGGAAUAACAGGGUAAUCUUGUUAUUUACCCUGCAACUGGCUGAAAAUGUCACUACAGGUAAGAAUACUACAAAUGUUGAUUAUCAGAAAUGUUUGAUUGCAAUUAUAUAACAUUAUCCUCUGGAAUCUAAACUUCUAUUAAAGAAUAUGUAGGCAUUAUAUAUUUUUUUAAAGUCCAUGUCUUGUCUCUCUGGUGACCUGUCUCUACUCUGAGGACUGUGUGCUGCCACGUAGCUUCAAACGAAAUGAAGACAAGGAGAUUCACAGCAAACACCCGUCCAUAGCUACUACGAUGACAUUGACUAGUUACAAUUUCAGACUGAACAUUUCAGUGGAAAGACAUCUUUGUUUAUAGACCAGCCUUUUCAUAUAAAUAAAUCAGUCCUACUCAGGAGGGUAGAUGUUUCAGAUGAGGGUAUAUACACUACCGUUCAAAAGUUUGGGGUCACUUAGAAAUGUCCUUGUUUUUGAAAGAAAACCCCAUUUUUUUGCCCAUUAAAAUAACAUAAAAUUGAUCAGAAAUGCAGUGUAGACAUUGUUAAAGUGGUAAAUUACUAUUGUAGCUGGAAACGGCAGAUAUUAAAUGGAAUAUCUAACACUACUGUUCAAAAGUUUGGGGUCACUUAGAAAUGUUCUUGUUUUUGAAAGAAAAGCAAAAAAAAUUGUCCAUGAAAAUAACAUAAAAUUGAUCAGAAAUGCAGUGUAGACAUUGUUAAAGUGGUAAAUUACUAUUGUAGCUGGAAAUGGCAGAUAUUUAAAUGGAAUAUCUAACACUACUGUUCAAAAGUUUGGGGUCACUGUCACGUUCCUGACCUAUUUCUGUUAGUUUGUUGUAUGUGUUAGUUGGUCAGGACGUGAGUUUGGGUGGGCAUUCUAUGUUUUCUGUUUCUAUGUUGGUUUAUGGGUUGCCUGGUAUGGCUCUUAAUUAGAGGCAGGUGUUUGGCGUUCCUCUAAUUAAGAGUCAUAUUUAGGUAGGUUGUUUCACAGUGUUCGUUGUGGGUGGUUGUCUCCUGUGUCUGUGUUUGUUGCACCAUACGGGACUGUUCGGUUUGUUUAAUUUAUUGUCAUUUUUAUGUGUAGGCUAUUUUCCCUGUUCGUGCGUUCUUCGUGUUUAUGUGAGUUCGUCGUCCAGGUCUGUCUACACCGUUUGUUAUUUUGUUUAGUCAAGUGUAUUUCGUUUUCGUGUUUUCGUGUUUUCGUUAAUAAAUCAUGUCUUCAAACUCCGCUGCAUUUUGGUUCAA